AUGCCGUCGCCGUCGGGAUCCCUUCCCCAGUUCGAUUCCAUAGAAGACUCGAUCAAGGCCUUUAAGAACGGAGAAUUCAUAAUCGUCCUUGACUCCCAAGAUCGUGAGAAUGAAGGCGAUCUUAUCAUUGCCGCGGAGUCAAUCACAGAUGCCCAGAUGGCGUUCCUAGUCCGCUAUACGAGUGGUCUGAUCUGUGCACCGAUUAGCUCUGAAAUCGCCCGCCGCCUCUCCCUGCCACAGAUGGUGGUUGAGAGCACAGACCCCAGGGGAACAGCAUACACCAUCUCCAUCGACUCCAGCGAUCCAUCUGUCACGACAGGGAUCUCCGCACAAGACCGCUCCCUGACAUGCCGCACACUUGCCUCUCUGACCGCCAAAUCUGAGCACUUCCGGCGACCGGGCCACAUUAUCCCAAUCGAGGCGAAGAGCGGCGGAGUCCGUGAGAGAAAGGGACACACAGAGGCGACGGUGGACUUUUGCCGCCUGGCAGGUAAAUCGCCUGUCGGUGUGAUUGGGGAGUUGGUAGAGGAUGGUGAGCUCACCGAGGGAAUUCCUGAAGUCAGGGGUAAUAAUGGUAUGAUGAGACGCGAUGGGUGCUUGAAGUUCGGCAAGGCAUGGGGAAUCAACGUGUGCACGAUCGAAGAUUUGGUCGAGUACCUUGAGAGGACAGAGGGACCUAUUUCAAACAGGAAGUAUUGA